AUGAAGAAAGAAACGACAUUCGACGCGAUGAAGGCAACGGUUCAGAGGAUUUCUUUUGCCUUCUCGUGUUUUUCGAAUAUAAUUUUGAUUUUACUGAUAUGCACAAACUCACCAAAAAAAAUUGGCUCCUACAAGUACUUGAUGAUUUAUUUCUGCGUUUUUGCAAUCUUUUUCUCAGUUCUGGAUAUUGUUAUACAACCCUACAUUCUCUCUGCUGGACCUGGUUUUAUUGUCAUCACGGAAAUCAAAGACACUUUUUUGGGCCCGUUUGGUGAGACAUGUUUCUUGAGUUCAAUUUGUGGAUGCUUUGGUGUCAUUCUAGCGACUAUUGCCAUUCACUUCAUUUACCGAUAUUUUGCUCUGGAAAGAAAAGGAAAACUGAAAUAUUUUCAAGGAGGAUAUCUAGUUGUGUGGCUGUUCGUACCACUUUUUGUGGGUACCGUCUGGACGAUUGUGACUGUUUAUUUUUGUGCUCCAAACGAUAUCACAUUGGAAUACUCAAGAACAUUAAUGAAAGAUCAUUAUGAAAUUGAUUUGGAAAAUGUGACAUACAUCGGAUCAAUAUAUUUCGUAAAAGAUGCAAAUGGAAAGUCUGUUAUGAACAAGUUCGCUCUGCUCGGAAUGGCUAUUUUAUUCAGUAUUAUGGGAGUCUCUCUUUCCAUUCUUGCGUAUUUUGCAACAAAAUGCUACACUCGAAUCAAAAAACUAAUAUACGAGGGUGAAUCUUCAUAUACCAGAAACCUACAAAAACAGCUUUACAAGGCUCUUGUUGCUCAAGCUUCCAUCCCAAUGUUCUUUAUUUUCACACCAAUUGGAUUGUAUUUAACACUUCCACUUGUUGGAAUUGAAUUGGAAAUUAGUGGAGAAAUUGCAACAUUUGUGUAUGCAUUGUAUCCGGCACUCGACCCGUUACCCAUUAUAUUUAUCAUUCAUAAUUAUCGCGAUGCAGUGUUGGAGUUCCUUGGCUGUUGCAAUGUAAAUAACCGAAUUGGAGCAGAAGAUGAACCAACGAGUGUGACACGACAUGUUUCUAAUUGUAGUUAGCCUCAGCUUGAAUGUUAUAAUCAAAAAUUGUUUUUUUAAUUCCAAAAGUAUAAACUACUGUUUCAAUAAGAUAUUAUAAUAAAAAAUAUUACAAUGAAAUGUUCAAUAUUUA